GCCAUGUUGUCUUGGUCUGAAGCCUUGCGGAAAGUGGACGACGGGUGUUUCAUUCGUCCAGCAAUCGCAGAAGCGGAUCCCGAUGAGCAAAAAAGACUCUGGGUAAUCGUGGACAUGCGACGAAUGUCGGAUUUGAAUUGGUUUCGAGAGCGUCUCGGGAAAGGCGCUCUUGUCAAGACGGUUCUGGUAAGAGCCACAGAAUCGACCAGAACUUCUAGAGGGUGGACAUUUGCAGCGGGCAUUGAUGAUGCGGAAACGGAAUGUGGACUGGAUUCCGUGCAAUCAUGGGAUUUAAUAAUCGAGAAUGACGGCGAUGAAGAGCGUAUGGAAGAGUCCAUCGCUCAGAUUUUGUCGUGGUGUCCUCCGACCUGCGUCAAAGUUCAAAAAGACAACUUUGAAGUGUCAGGAUGAUCGUAGAUCAGUUGUUCACUUUUCCCGAAGGGGAACUACGAUUGAAAAACAGCAUUUGAAGCCUCUGACUUUAUGAAGUGCUGAUCAUUGUGAUGAUUUUGUUUUGUACCUCCGUCGCGAACGAGCUCAUGCUUUUACGAGGGUAUGGGGUUACCAAAGGUGCUUUUGAAGAUUGUUUGAUGCGAAUUUAAUGCAUUGUUGUUGGAGGUGGGGAAACAGAAUGUGAUGGCAGAUAUUCAUCUUUGAGAUUUACAAUGAACAAAUUCCGUACAAAUUUUCAGCGGUAAAAUGGCAAGUGUGAAAAGCGUAGGAGGGGGGGGGGGGAUGGAACAAAUCUUAAUUAAUAUUAGCUCAAGCUUCUCCAAUAUCGAGAUGAAGUUUCAUAUUUCAAAAGUGAUUAAGCUCCUGACAUUUUCAUCUACCCAGAAUACGAAGUUAUAUCAUUCUUGAAGCGGCGUAAAGGUUCUCUUAACUCUUGCUUGAAUUGUUCGUAAAUGUCGCCCGAAUCAUCAGCUGACGUUGCGGAACCUGAUUGAAUCGAAAUGACCCAACCUUAAAGUAAAUUAUCUGAGCCAGUUCGAUUUGAGAGAGCUCGUCCAACCGAAGAAACCCUUCAUAUCGGUUCGAGAAUUUCGAAUUUUACCAUUAAAUAAUUAAGUUCAUUCCUUAAUUAUACAGGUACGAAGUGUCCGAAAUCGCAUCCAUCUCAUUCAACUAUGCGUCUUUUGUUCUUAAUUAAAGCUUUUGAUGCGAUAGAUUUGAUUAUUCAGGCAGUACAGUAUAUACGAAAUCGUUUCACUACGCGUAAUGAUGAAAAAUCGCGAAUUCGUAGACGUUUGAAGUAGAAGAAACGAAGCUAUUUAUAUCAUUCUAUCGUGAAAUGCGGUGCAGGUUUCUGAACAGAAAAAGAGGUUCUGGAGUUGUUCUUACGUUGAAACUUUGAAAGA